GCCCGCAUCGAGGCUGUGCAGAGGGUUGGGCCGCGCCUGCGCGGCAGCGGCUCGGGGCCGGCCACGUAGGGUGCGCAGCUGCGGGCGUAGCGUGGAGCCGCAGAUGGAGCCUCCCCCCAGCGCAGCAGAGAAUUCUAAGCUGAGACAUGUAGAAAAAGAUGUCUUGAUUCCACAAAUAAUGAGAGAGCGAGCUAAGGAGCUGUGUUCAGAUAAAGUGCAAGCAUUUACUAAGUGCUGCAAAGAAACUGGUUUCCUUAUGGUGGUAAAGUGUCGGAAAGAGAACACGGCACUGAAAGAUUGCCUCGUUGGCUACUAUACUGAUCCAUCAUUCAAUGAAGAAUGCAAAGCAGAAUAUUUGAAGCAAAGAGAAGAAUACAGAGCAACUGGGAUUAAGAAAAAAAGGCAAAAGAUUACUUCAAAUGUAUAGUUCAAAUCAACUGUUAACAGUUUUAUAUCCAACUUAAUAAUUUGACUUGAUUUAAACAGACUUCUUUUAAAUCAUCAGUAUCUCCUGGUAAAAUUUAGCAGCAAGUCAGUAAAAGAAAUCUCUCUGAAGCUGAAGAUCAACAUUUCUCAUUUUCUGUACUGAAGUUUAUAAUGCAUGCAAUUUCUCUUGCAAACUUUGACAGCAAAAGCCUGCUUCUCCAUCCAGACUUGAGAUUAUUACCAAUUAAGAAACAGCCUUUUGAAUUUUAAAGCUUGCAUCUAGUUAUAUGUGGCAAACUACAUAAAAAUUUAAGGGCAAAUAAAUGUAAGCUAUAUUACCAAAUCAUAAAUUGGGUAUAUACUUAAACUGGUCUUUUUGUCACCUGAAGUUGAGAGUAUAUGGAAAUGUUUUUGAUGCUUUUGCUAGAAGGGUGGCAAAUGCAGAAAAGACCCUGGGCCAAUUUUCUUCAUCUUUUUCAUGAAAAUGCUGAGUUGUAAGAGCUCAAUAUUUAUUCUGCCUGCUUUGUGACUUAAAUUUUGAGUUUGCAAUAUCAAGAGAUGAAUGUUCCAUGCCCUUGUGAGGCACAACUAACUGCUUCAGCUCUGGAGAAGAACUCAAGAGUUGUCCCAUACAGACUUGCCUUGAGAAUAGGAAGAGGCACAAUGAGGGCAAGAAAAAUCACUGAGAGGAAUGUCUUCCCCUACUGUCAUUUUUUCCAGCAUGAAGGUGAUUAAAUACACUUCCAUACUUCAGCUGUGACCACACUUGCAAAAUGAUUAUGGAUGAACAAACAACUAAACUACGUACUUAAGAUGCAGGUCAGUUUUUAAACAUCUAUUAAUGCUGUUGCAAAAACUUAGUGUAAACAAGUCCUUAUGGGAAAGGGGUACACAAAGUAUUUCUUGCAUACAGAUACUUAAAGCUGCAUAAUCAUAGAACUCUAAAAUGUGUGAGUAUGGAAAGGCCACAUAGGAUAUCUGUUCACGUGGUAACCUUCAUGUCACAAUAUAAAAAAUGAAAUAAAAAUAUCCUUUGCCUAAGUGAUAAAAUUUGCAUUUAACUUUGGUACUAUUUCACCACAAAACUAUUACUGCUAUGAAGUUAAUCAAGUGGGAAAUUCCAAUCAGACUCUGAGAUAUAGAUAUAUAUAUAUUACACAUAUAUACAUAUAUACAUAUAUACGUAUGAGCUGAAGUUAACUUUGAAGGUUACUCCUUGCUUUUUAGUCUGUGUGUUGUAAUGGAAUAACCAGUAAUAUUACUUCUGCUAUUAGGCAGCAUGUUGACUGGAAGAUGAGGGGAUGCUUCAGAAAGAGAGGCUGGAAGAUAUACAGCAUUCUAGGUUAGUAGUCAAGUGGUACUCAGCUAUUUAAUUAGCUAACUUAGAUUUCCUACACACAUACUUGGUUUUGUAUCAUCAGUUAAAGUAUUUUGGAAAACAAAUACUUAACAUCAAAUAAUAGAAAAUAAGAUAUUUUUUUUUUUCCCCAGUUGUACUUAAAUAGAGGAAAAUGAAGGUAGAUGAUGACUUUUAAAAGUUUAUUAUUUUUUCAAGACAGUAGUUCUGUUAUUUCAGUAUGAAAACUUGCUACACUUAGAAGUCUCUGGAAAGAAAGCCUAUGUGUUUGUCAUUUUUAUCAAAGGCUCUUACAGAGAUUGGCUGUGGGGUAAGCAUGCUGUUAGAGGCAAUGUGGUGCACUGACUCUGGUAGGUAGGUGCCAGCCCCAAUGGCUCAUGGGAAUCUGUCUCACUCCAGCUCACACUACAGCCAGUCAGUACAGAUAAUAGCACGGCAAUGCAGUCGUUCUUUUGUGGGUUAGCAGGACCUACAUUCAGCAGGUGGCAAUAACCCCAGUGCACUGAUUGGUACCAGUGGUAUAAAUAAUAUGGAUAAUGGGACAAAGUCCUAUUUAACCUGCGGGUGUCACUCCUCUGCCAUUCUGUUACACGCUUUAUGUGCAGGGCUGUAACCAAUCCCUUUGAGCUGACAGUAAGUAAGCAAGCUCACUUUGCUAUCGAGCCUGAAAUUGCCAUAAAUCAUUCACUGUACACCAUUCGCUUCUCUUUACUGACACUUGUUUAAGAACUGAGUAUUCACACCUUCUCUCUUGUUUGCUGUGGCAUUCAGAACUGGGCUCAGCCCUUAUCUUUGGGAUCAGCCUACUCUUUUUACACUUAUGGCCUUGAUUUUUCCCUAGUUUUGAAUUCUUGAUUUCACACCUUUCAUGCUUUUAGUAUCUUAAUUGCAUUUACAUCUUCUAAAGUUGAAAUGAAAGUGUAAGUGCUGUGCAGUGACACGCACAUACCAGUAAACUGCUUCAGUUUAAAGUUUAAAACUGCUUGUUUUCAUCUCAGCUGCAACUUCUCCUUCCUUCUCAGGUUAACAAGAAGCAGCCCUUUGUUCUAAUACAGGUAGUAAAGUUGUACUGAUAAAGCCUUAAGCUAUACUUCAUCAAUUAACUUUAAGUUUUUUUUUUUUUUAAAUACAACUUAAAAAAAUAAAAAUAAGCAACAAAAACACACUUUACUGUGUCAAAAGCUAGUCAAGAAGGGUGAGAGCCAGCCUUGUUAUUCUGACUUCAGAACACUAAGCACAUUCAGCUGUCCUGUUCCAACUGAGGGUAGUCAGAUGCGGGUGAUGAGGGAGUUGCACUACCUCUAACGAGCAGAAGCUUACAGCAAGUUUGAAGCUUACACUGUAACUACUUUUAAGCGGACCCACCAGUUUAAAACCAUCCACCAUGUGGCACUAAAGACAGUAUUCUAUCAGUGUCAAUAACUAUCAGUGUAGGUAAAAAAAAACCAAAAAAUUAAAAACAUACACUUGAAACAAGUGUUCCGUCCACUUGCAGUUCAGUAACAAUAAGUGCUGGUUAUUUUUCAUGCUUCUCCCCCAGAUCAAACUUCAUACACAAAACCACCAUCAACUACAGCAUCCUCUUCCACCUUGCUGUUUUUUAACACUUGAUCUCUUUGAUUUCAAAAUGCAAUGAAAUGAAGCCCGUGCUGCUAAAAGGAGCAAAUUGAGGGGCACCAAUUUCAGUUCAUGCCACAACACUUUCUAAGGACAACAGAUUUUUAAGAAAAAUAGUUCAAAUCCUUAUCAGACUUGGGAAUAUGCAGCGCAAUUCAAAUGAGUUUACAAUUAGUGUCAACUAAUAUUAAAUACAUUUAUCUACUGCCUAAAGUUCAUACAACUCCAAAUAGCAUGCUUUUCCCCUGCAAAGAGGGGUAAAGUCUGAUUCUUAAAAAGAAUUAUUUUUGUAGCAGUGCUACACAAAGUAACAGUGCAACACCUCUUCUCCACCACUUUUUUUUCAUAGAACCUAGCUGAAGAUGAGAAGAAAAUGCAGGCGAGUCGGUCAGCUACUGCAGCAUCUCAGUCUUCCUUUAUUAGGCCACAUUGCCAUUAAAAAUACAGGUGUCUAAGAUUUCCAAAGUGUACUGCAAAGAGUUUAAGAUUUAAUCAUAUCUGCUUUACAUCUCUAGUACAGCUCAUACUCUAUUAUUUGCAAUGGCUUUUGUUUUACUGUACCUCCACCACAUGUCUGCUAUAGAGCUUGCCUUAUUCCAGCUGUAGAAGUUCAACAGCACAUUACAGCUCAUUUGAGAAUUUGCUUUUCUUUAGUAUGGAUAUUUCAUAUGGGAAGAAAACCAAUCUGUCGUAAACACAAUAAAACUGGCAGGGAUGAGAUUUUAAAAUUACUUAAAAGGAAUCAAGCAAACAUGGAAGUUUACAUGUGCACUAUUAGAAGGUUAGUCCAGCUCAUUCAAAUACAUAUUCAUCAGCUUGCCAUAUGCUCACAUAAACAUGCAAGGCAACAACCACCACCUGCCCAAAAGCUGUCUUUCAUCUCUGGAAUCAGUGCUUUCUUAAAUUAAAAAUUGUCAAACCUGUGGUUUAGGUGAAGUUUCUAAGUGUUCAGUUUUCCUUCAAAUGAAUUUUUGUCAAUUUUUGUGCUUAUUUGAAGGUAUUGGUCCUUAUCUCAAUUUUACUGCUUGAUGCAACAAAUGCACACUUGCCCACUAAACACCAGAACCCAUUUUCUACUGCUACUUCUGCAUCUGAUUUGCUAUCACUGUGAUGAAAAGCUUUUACUUCUGAAAAUGGAAAAAAGUACCUUAAGCCACCAGUGACUUGGAUUAAACAACAAUCAGAUUUUGACUCAAGAUGGAAAAGUUUCAGACCAACAGGUGCUUCUCAAGUAAGCUAGCUCCCAGAUGACUUCAGAUCUGGCACUUGCUUUCAAAUGUUCACCACAGCAAUGAGUGACCGCAUUGGAAAUACAGCCUAAAGUAAGCUCUGUAAUCUCACCCUCCUGUCUCAGAUGUCAGCACUUCUUCUCAAGUUCCUCUCAGCAAACAUCCCUUUCUUUUCUGGCCCCUUCUCCAGCAUGAGAAGCCACACUGGUAAACCAAGAGCUGGAAGUAAAGCCUGGUAAUUCUUUCACAUCACCCAGCAGAGCUUCAUUUUUAAGUUUCGCUGUCACAGGCUGCUGGGGCACCUUUUGACACAGCAGUGGAACCCCGAUAAUGUAUUGCAACUGAAAGUAAUUAACUCCUUCAGGCUUCAGCAUCAAAGGGAACACAUCUCCCACAACACACCAAAGCACUCAGUGGGCUGUAUUAGUCCUGAAUGGAAGAGAACUAAUCUCAAAUUAAUUCCUUCCAUACAUUUGGAAUGGCCUUUAUAUAAAAUCAAGUGUUUGAAGCCAAAUAAAACGUUUUUACUCUGAACACUAGAAGAGAUUUGUAAGUUAAAUCAAUUUCAAUCAAAAAUAAAUUUAGUUCAAAACCUUACACAGAAUUCCUUCAUUGCAGAAAUCAAAAAGUGCUCAUGAUGGUUGCAGAAUAAUACACCUCUUAAAAUAAAAAAUCUCCAUGAAGACAGGCUGGGGGAACCCCAAAAAGCAAGCUACAUUGGAACUAGACACUGCGUGCUUUAUGCAGCCACAUGAGAAAUCCUUCCUGCUGCAUUGUUAUUACACAGGUAGUUGGUUCUAUCUGCUAAAGCCUAGUGACUUGGGUUUGUUUUAUGCAUAUUGGCUUUUGUUCUAUUACUUUCCAAGAGAUUGUACUCCCCUGAGUCAGAUGUGUUCAUUGGUCAGAAUAAAUUCCAGCAUCUGACACCAUUUCCAUUAAUCACAGACAAGCCACUAUACGUGAGCAAGAUAAUAGAAAGAUAAAAAAAACAGUAUCUGGUGAAUGGGAAACAUUAUUUAUGUAUGCUGUUCACUAAUACAGUAGAAGGUAUCUGAAAGGCAUUCUUUCAACUUUAAUAGACAAACUGAAACAGGAGAAGAUGGGCAUCAUGUGAAGCAUUUAUUCCACAGGGAAGAAAGUGACUGCAGUGACUGGAACCACACAGAUCCUGUAGCAACUGCCUAAGUAACACCUUUACAGCUUGUCAUUACAAUGGUUAUGCCAUAGUCAUAGCUUCCCCUUGCUUUUUCAGGCAGUUUUAAGUAAUUUGCUACUAAACAGCUGUGGAAUUAUUAUUUUUUCCAAUCAUACUGAUCUUAAGUAGGACCUGUGAAGUUGAAUACUUAAAUCCCCGCACAGAUCUGUAAAUAACAUCUUUAGUACCACCUUCCCACUCAUUACAGGUUAAAAGCUUCAUGGAUCUAAAAUACAAAGCAUUUUCCUGUAAAGUAUUGAGCGGUCAAAUCAUUUACUAAACCUUGUUGUACUGAACUCAGAUAAAGAAGCAAAAGUUUCUAAAAAACAAGGCAUACAUAGUAUUUAUCCAAAAACAGUUCUUGGCCUUAAGAUGAAACCUGCAAGAAAGUACUAGGACACACAGUCUACAAAGCAGCAGUCAUGAUCUAGUAUCUUCAGUUCUCAAUGGAGUACUAAGGAUACCAAAACAAUUAUUCUAUCAACAUCUAGUCCAAUUAAAUUAAGGCUUUAUUUCUUUAAUAUAAGGAAAAUUAGUAGCUUUAACAACCACACAAAUAAAAAGUCAAGGUUCUGGUGGUGUGCAAAGGAGGCACGGUAAGGAUAACGGCCCCGCGAAUAGGAUGAUUCUGUGGCAGGUAACACUGCGUGCACAGCUCAGGCAGUUUCCCACAGCCACAACACGCAGGGGGAAUUGAGCUGUUAGGAAUUACUGCGUUCAGCAGUGUUACGUAUGAUCCUUUUUAACUCAUAAUGCCCCAAACUGUGUGACCUAAACAGGAGAGCCUACAAGGGAUUCUUCCCUUGACACUAUCUCACAUAAAUACAUUUUAACAAAAAUCUCACCUUUUUGAUGAAAAUCACAUAAAAAAAAGCAUUUCUAAACCAUAGGAGGAAGAAAGUUAAUUGAAAGGAGAGAGAGAGAGAAUUCAAUCUUCAUUUAGUAUCUUAACCUGCAAAAAAAAAAAAAAAACAAAAA